AUGCACCGAGCUUAUCAACCUAUAACACCUGCUAAUAAUCUGUAUCUAAAACAGAACUGGGAUAGAGAUGUUUACAGAUAUCAUAGAAAACGAGUACAGGCAGCAAAAGCUGUCAUCGACAAUCAUCCACCUAAAACUUACAUGCAUCUCCAUAUUAAACUGAAAAAACUACAGAUAGAGGAUGAGAGGUUGGCAAUUAUUGAAAAAGACAAUCGGAUUUUGAUAGAAAAAAUGGCGCACAUCAUGAGAACCGGUGGCCGUGUUGAUAAUGUCAAACAUGAUUAUUGUAGAAAAAGUUUAAAUAAAACGAAGAGAUAUCGAGAGUUAUUGAGAAUAACCUACGAGAAUUUGGCCAUCUUGAAAAGAAUUAACAGCAGAGAACCACAUUACAACCAUAUAAAAUGGGCUGGAGAAUGGCAGAUUAACCGGAAGUACAUGAUGAAUAUAACUAAAUACCCCAAUCACUGGCAUACGACCUUACAGCCAAUAAUACAGGAAGGACAGAGAGAGGCUAAUAGAAAAAUUAAAUCAAGGCUGUUAUUUAAUAUAUAA